AUGCUGCCCCUUCUUGCUAUAGCCUUGUUCUCGAGAUUGCCCCUCGUUGCUGGACAUGCGAGCAUCUGGCACCCGAGCAUGCUCGGCUUUAACGUCACUGGAGAGACAUUUCCUUACGACAAUCGCCCAGUGUCGCCACUCAGCGACAUGACCUUCGACCAGUGGUGGUUCCACGGCCAUCUCGCCUACCCUCCCCACCCAGAAGAUGUCUUCGAGCUACCUGCCGGCACAAACGUCACAACGCAGAUCGGCUGCAACAAGGGCGCUACCGACUUUUUCGCAUCCUCCGACGGCGGCGAUAUCCGCAACGGCAACGACCCUUGUCCCGGAAGUCCGACUAGCGAGUACCACACAACUGGCAUCGACGACGUCAAGGGUUGUGCUUUGGCUAUUGCCUACAAGGAUGACUUCAACGCGACUCAGCCCGAGGAUUUCACGGUGUUCAGCAUCAACCAGACUUGCGUUUGGUCACGGUUCACGGACUUCUCGGUGCCGGCCAAUAUGCCUCCUUGCCCGAAUGGCAAGUGUAUCUGCGCUUGGUUUUGGAUUCACUCGCAAGAUAGUGGGGGAGAGCAGAAUUACAUGAAUGGCUUCCAGUGCAACGUCACCAACUCAGUGUCCAACACUCCCGUGGCGAAGUCUCAAUUGCCAAGGCGCUGUGGCGCAGAUCCUGACUCUGGUAAGCAACUUCCGGCGCCUGCUAAUUGCACGUACGGCGCAAAGCAGCCCUUCUACUGGUUCCAGGCCGAGCGCAACAACAUGUUCGAGGGAACUUAUUCACCUCCAUUCUAUCUCGACCUCUAUGGCUUUCUCGACGGACCGCAGGAUGAUAUUUUCGAGGACUCGUACACGACUGUGCCGUCGCCGGGGGAAAACCAGACCGCUCUUCCGGUACCGAAGAACUUGGCGCGUUUGCCUGUACCAGAUUUGGAUCUCUUAGGUCCCACCUUCGUUGUUCCGACAGGCACGCCGGGCAGUACGGGCUCAGUGCCCUCCUCAACUCCCUCCUCGACAGCCAGUACCUCCGCACCCUCAGCAACAUCAGGACUCGGGGGAUCGGGAGGCCAAGGGUCAUCUCGUCACUGCAGUCCCGCUGUUGCUUCGCCGUCGGAUGACGAUCAAGCCCUGUUCACCCGCUUUAAGCGCGCAAUUGGUAUGGGCACGUACACUCGAAAGCAGGCAAUGGAAAUACGGAGUAUGCGCGCACUCUGGGGCUUCUGA